AUGGCAGAACCUGAGCGCUCGUACAUCUCUCGAUUCUUCUCCUCUCAAUUUUCACAACUUCCGCAUCCGACCCAGAACUUCAAGGAUGCUGUAAUCCUAGUGACCGGAGGCAAUACCGGCCUCGGUCUGGAGGCAGCACGACACUUUGUGCGGUUGCAAGCCGCCACCGUCAUUUUGGCAGUGCGCGAUGUGCAGAAAGGACAGAAGGCCAAAGAAUCGAUUGAAGCUACAACUAAGAUCCAAGGCGUCGUCGAGGUGUGGCCGCUGGAUCUGGAGAAGGUCCAGAGCGUUCAGGAUCUCACGACCAAGGCAACUGGCCUCCCUCGCCUGGACGUGGUGGUGGCAAAUGCCGGCAUCUCAACCAGCGAAUGGACUCUCAUUGGCGGCAUGGAGCGAUCGAUCCAGGUGAAUGUGCUCUCGACUUUCCUGUUGGUGAUGUCCCUCCUACCCAAGCUGCGGGAAACCGCUACUCAGCACCAUGCUCGUCCCCGUGUCGUGGUGGUGUCUAGCGAAGGCCAUGAGACGACUGAGUUCCCCGAGCAAGACGCCGAUCGCAUCUUCGACGCGCUCAAGGACAAGGCGAAGUCGAACAUGGGUGAACGCUACGAUACAUCUAAACUUAUCCAGUUGUACCUGGUGCGUGCGCUGGCCGAGCACCUGAGUCAAUCCAACAAGCCUGCAGUGACCAUCAACGCGGUAUCGCCGGGCCUCUGCAAGACAGGGCUUCUCCGUGAGACGCCUCUCGCCGCUCGAAUCCUGAUUAGUCCCCUCAAGGCAGUACUUGCUCGCAGUGCAGAGGAGGGGAGUCGUACGUUAGUCCAUGCUGCGGGGCCUGACAAUGGCGAGACACAUGGGAAGUAUCUGCGCGACUGCAAACUGCUGUACGCAGCGAGAAAGGCCAUGCGACGCAGGAGAAGUUGUUGA